AUUCCGGUCACCCCUUUAGCAAUCACGGUCGUCAAAGAGGCUAAGAAAAUGAUUGCCGUUCCAGGCGGACAACUACAUUCGGAACAAUUGAAAUCCUACAUCAUAACGGGUCCUUAUUAUCAGUCCAAUUUGGCUCUCAUUUUUCAAAUUCAGAACCAUUUUCAUUUUUCUUCUCUCUCGAGAAAAUGGUGAAAACCAAGAAAGAAGGAGAAGGAAGUUCAGAAAGACAAGAGAUCGAAAUUGUAGGUACAGAAGAUACACUGGAAAAGUCUGUCAUUUUCCAUCUUCUCAAAGAGAUCAUCAGUUUCGUUCUCUACAUGCACCAGCAAAUCCCAGCCGUUUUGCAAGAGAUGACAUCGGAAUUUGAAUCAAUGCACACAGAACGUAAAGAAUUGGAAACGGCUUUAGCACAAAGAGAAGUAAGACUUUCUGCGAGAAGACAGCAUAAUGGGAGGAUGAGAGAGGUGAAGCAAGGAAUCAGGAGGCUGGAGAAAUUGAUGAGAGAUUUCUCUAGAAUACAAACUGCUCUUCAAUUGAUGCUCAAUGAGGUUCAUGGUUUAGAAAGUGUGGUUUUGAUUCUUGGGGGAAGUCCACUUCGACCGCAACACGUUUAUGAAAUGUCCUUCUCUCAUGGAAGGAUUGUUGAAGAAUGUACGAUGGAUUAUACUAAAAGUAGAAUUGCGGAUGCACUUUCGCGGAAGGCUUUACGGGCACUGAUCUCGAACGGUGCAGGAUCAGUUUCAUAUUCAGGUCAAACAAAGCUAUUUCUUCUGGUGAAAGCUCCUGCCACUCUCAAUAUGCCUCUACAUUUUCUUCCUAAAAGGGACUUCAAAUUCCACAAGAAGGUAGUUCCAUUUAGAUUACGUGUCAAGUGCAGCAUUCAGGGACAGAACGCGAAUGUUCAGCAUCAAGCUUCAAAUGACUCAAUCUGGUUCCAGUGUAAACACACAAUCAAAGGCCUACCUUCCAGUACACCAACACCUGAUGAAUGAAUGAAGGGUUAGGUUUAGCUAGCAUUCGUAUCCUCAUCCUUAGUAGCAGCUGUGGGGAUGAAUGGAUAGUGGAUUGCUUUCAGCUAAGGUCUGCGUCCUCGUCCCCUGGUAAUGGAUAGAGUUUGCAAUUUUAUCUGUUUGUAGCAGACAAACAAAGUAUCUUCUAUUCACAUGUUUCAAUUACGUAGUAAACGGAACUUUCAUACAACAUUAGCUAAUGCACGAAAAUUUUGAAUUUGCUCAU